ACCACCUUUGUCGUUGUUGGGCAGCUGCAACCUGGAAAGUCCCUGACAGCCGGGGAGGUUCACUGCGGCUUGCGGUUUCAAUUAAAUGAGGGAUAUUACAUUUCUUCGCCUCGCUACCUCUGCGGAUGAAAAACUCUGUAAGGUUUUUCAGUCGUGGUUUUAUUUUAAUUAGCUAAACGAGUGCUAGAUGCUCCCCUGCGAGUGCUAGCUUGUGUUAGCAGGCUAGCUCUUUGUGUGGCUAGCUGCUAGCUGAGGGAUGUUUUGUUGUUGUUGAAACGGGCAGCCCUCCCGUCGUCUGGGAGAGGAGAUUCAUCAGCUGUGUAUGGAAAAAGCGGCUCCUCGACGCCUUCUCAUCCACUGACAUUAACUGCGAAAGUGGCCCGUGAAGCCCGCCGUUAGCAAAGCGACACCGAAAGAGAGAGAGAGAGAGAAGGAAGAGUUUGACCGACGAGGAGGGAGAUGGGAAACUGUCUGAAAUCCCCGACCUCGGAUGAUAUUUCUUUGCUACAUGAAUCUCAGUCGGACCGGGCCAGCUACGGAGACGGUGCUGACCCCGACCAAGAGCCACCGCCCCCCUAUCAGGAGCAGAUCCAUGUGCCUGUCUACCACCCAACACCCAGCCAAGCACGACUGGCCACUCAGCUGACAGAGGAAGAGCAGGUUCGCAUCGCCCAGCGUAUCGGGCUCAUCCAGCACCUCCCGAAGGGCGUGUAUGACCUAGGGCGGGAUGGCUCUGAGAAGAAGAUCAGAGAGUGCGUCAUCUGUAUGAUGGACUUUGUUUAUGGAGACCCCAUCCGGUUCCUGCCCUGCAUGCACAUUUACCACAUGGACUGUAUAGAUGACUGGCUGAUGAGAUCCUUCACCUGCCCCUCCUGCAUGGAACCUGUGGACGCCGCGCUGCUUUCCUCCUACGAGACCAACUGACACAAACAGACACACACAUGCACACAAACGCACGCACGCACGCACGCACGCACGCACGCACGCACACACACACACACACACACGCACCCACCCACACACACACACACACAUAUCCCCACAGACACCUGUGGCCCAGACUGGGCACACACACAUACAGUAUGCACACUGUAUCCUGGAUUAGUAAAGUGGGGAUAUGAAAGCAGUGAUCAUGUAGAAUUAUGGUGACCUCUCAUGUUUGUGUGUGUUUGUGUGCGUGCAUGUGUGCGUGCGUGCGUGUGUGUUUGUGCACAUACACAAGUUCCUCAGUUGGCCUGCUGGACAGGAUUGCAUCUGGGAAAGGACAGAGUGCUUGUGUUAAGGACGAGCAGGAAGUAGCUUGAUGGAGGAAAAGAACAAAAGACGAGAGCUGACAAGGGGGGAGUGUGAUAAUACAAGAGUAAAGGGAAGUCACGGGGAAUGGAUGACGGUUAACUGGUAUGGUUAAGAAACUGCUUUUGUGAAUGUGACUACACAUGAAAGCAUACCCAGUCUCUCACUUCCUUCCAAGCAUUGAAAUGAAUCAUCAGAGUGCAGAAGGAAGGACAUCUGACUGCCAUCAUCAGGCUGCAGAUUGUAUUUCUUGGACUGCUGAAGCCUGAUUACUAUCAUAUCACUGCAAUACAAAGAAAAGUGUCCGACAGAAUAUCUGCCAGGUGUUUGUUGCAGAUUCAUGUCUGCUGCAAAAAUUGCUACAAAUGAAGACUGCUAGAUAUGAACAUCAGGCGUAAGACUGCAACCAUCAGAUGUAUUCUGCAGACAUACCACAGGCCUACAGCACCUGGGUCUCCAGUUCUCUGUCUGUACAGAUCUCUUAUGAGAAAAAUAAGACUGGUAGGUGGAUUGAUCGAAUGUCCUGUGGCUUUGUGAAAUCUGUUCUGUGUUUGUUUUGUCAGUCAGCAUAAGGGCUCAGUUGAACCAGUGUUUACUAACAACACAGACAUUUCAAAGGAAAAUACUGUAUGUGCUUUAGUCACUAAUGUGAUGGAUAGCUGGUAGACUGUUACCAUCAAGCUUUUGACCCUCUCAUGACUUUCUCAGUCACAGUGAGAUUGCAGAUUAUUGGCCAAAGCACAAGUAGACUAGUUAACAAAACAUUAAUACAAAUCAGAGAUAUUUGCACUUCUUAAUCAGACUUGACAAGAGUUGACCAUAUGCAUUUAGUAAUUAUGUUAAAGUGAAGUAUGUGAUUUGUUUUAGCUACAUUUUCAUUACCAUUGCUAUGGUUUGUAAUAGAGAUGUUCCGAUACCAUUUCUUCCUUCCCAAUACCAAUUCCGAUAACUGAAUUUGGUGAAAUUGGUCAAAACCGAGGACUGAUCCGGUACCAUUGCAUUAAAAAAAUGUUGUAGCUGUUUACUACUAAGCCUACCUGUAUGGGUGUGAUAUGAUUAAUGUCAUUAUUGUAUGGCAUAGCUCAGGUUAAACCCAUUGUAAAACAUGAACUGAUUUAUGAAUGCCAUAGAAUCUUUCUUUUAUUAUCUAAUUUCAAUCAUAAUAAAUCUUGAAAUAAAUAACAUUUCCUACACUAGUUGUCCUGAGACUAGUGCCACAACUCAAAAUUAAAGCCUUGCAUAUUGUACAUGUUGCCUUUUUACUGGUGGGACUUAACAGUGUAAAAUAUUGCCAAAUUGCAAAGUUACAUUUUGCUAAUGGCUAAUGUUACACUGUUUACUGGAAAUCAGUUCCUCACCAUGCUAAAAGAGUAGUUUCUAGUGGCUGCACAGCGCAACUUCCUGUUUAAGCUACUGUUUUAGAGCAGCAAAGAAGAAUUCAUUUCUGGCAAAACUGCCAUUCUAUCUGAGUGUUUAUUAAUAAAUUAUGUGGUAUCGGAUCGGUGUAUAGCCUUGAGUACUCGCUGAUACUUGAUAGCGUUUUUUAAGCAGUAUCGGAGGCAUUUCCGAUACUAGUAUUGGUAUUGGAGCAACUCUAAUUUUUUAAUGAAAGACUCCGUCUCUAAACCAGGUGUGGGUGCAUAAUUCAUUACUGGAGACAUUAACCAAACUACUGAAUUAAUCCUAUGGUUGCUUCCCCUGUUACUGUCCAAUACAUGUAAUUUUAAGGACAAAAUUACAAAUUACAAUAACAAAAUGAAAAACAUACACUUGGUUGGGCUCAUUUAAUAUAUUUGCAUAUAUAUGAAUUAUCGCUUCAUUUUCUUCCCUUAAAAAAAACGGUCCAUAAAACUGGACCGACCAGAUCUAAAGCAAACAUUAACAGGGGAAACGGUUAAAGAUGCCGGGUGUCACCAUCAGGACAGCGAUAAUGCAGAAUGAAUCUGGUAAUGGGUUGUGUGUCAGUGAAUAUGACUGAGGAUUUUUAUUUACCUGAUGUGGUCAGAAUCAGCAGUUAUACAAUAAACUGACUAUAAGUUCCCAGUUUAGAAAGGAUAUAUCUCUUUACUUUUUUAUUUUCUUCAUUAUUUUCUUCGUCUCUCAAGAUGAGGCCUCUAUCUAAAUGAUCUCCUUGCCACAUUUUAAAAUGUCUAUCGCCUAAGUCACCCAGUUGGUAAAAGCACAAAGACAUGCAAAUGUUCAGUUUUUUUUUUUCCUUCUCCCUGCUACCUUUGGCAUGCAGGUGAGUCGGCGGGAUUUUGAAUUAUGCAGGAAAUGUUAAAUCAUUUAAACUCCCCCUGCUCAGCGGACAUGAUACAGAUCCAACACAAUUUGAAAACAUGCCUUUUAGUGAUGUGUGUAUGUGUGUGUGUUUAUCUCUGUGUGAGUGUUUGUGCAAGGCUUUAUGACCUUUGUGUGAGCUGGCAGUCAGCACCUUAGUUUUUGCACAGUACUUUAAUCUACUUAACUCUUUCUUGUAUAUUGUCCUCCAUCAGUAAGGUGGAGCCUAAAGGCCUUAGGUUACCUGUGAGUAUCAGCUGCUAAAAUGUGGAGUCUAGUCAACUAAAAGAAAACAGGAGGGGGAGGGUUAUAUACAGACAGUUUCAACUGAAAAUGCUGCUCCUGAGCUGGCAGUCAUUGUACAUGUUAUGUCGUGAAAAAUACACAAAGUGUGUCAAGAAAAAUUGUCCUCCUACAUUGUCACAAAAUUUAUAAAUUGUCAGUGUAUCGUGGUGUUUGGAUUGGGGUUCUGUCACAUCACCUGACUCUCUUCCUAAGGAUUCCUGUGGGAUUGCAUAGCUGGUUUCCACCGCUUUCGUCUGCAGUUUGUAACAGUCCUGCGGUACAGUGGAUGACAUUUUUGGAUACAAAUGCCUUCCCCCAGAGAAGGCACAGUUUCGAUCUCAGUCUGGAUCUAAUCAAGGCUGCGUGGGACAUGCAAUGCAUAAUGGGAAUGUGUGAAUAAACAAAGUUAAAUCUUG